UGUGUCAAAAUCUAAAUGGGUUUAAGAGGAAACCAUCCCUCGUUGACAUUUUCUAGUUUUGGGUUUUGUUUUUUUCUAAUUUGUUCGUAUGGGCUAAAAUACCUGAAAGCCUGGGUCACGGAUUCUUCUCUCUAUUAUCAAAUCCGCUUAAUUGAAAAUCACAUUUUCUUUCCAAAUUCUCUCACAUCUCUGUCUUUCCUUGUUUCUCCCUCCACAACCAGAGAGAGAGAAAGGCUUAAACUAAAACAAUUUUUUUUUUCGCAAAUCUUUGUUUUCCCUCCUUUUCCUCUCUCUUUCUCUCUGCUUCUCGAUCCCCACUCUCCAAAACCGAAAAGAGCUCUAUUUGAAACAGAAGGAGGAAAAAGAAAAAAGAAAGAAAAGAAUCAGUUUUGGGUUAUGGACGGCGGUGCUUCGUACAACCCACGUACAGUCGAAGAAGUCUUUCGAGAUUUCAAGGGUCGUCGAGCUGGCAUGAUUAAAGCCCUUACUACUGAUGUGGAAGAGUUUUACCAGCAGUGCGAUCCAGAAAAGGAGAAUCUUUGCCUUUAUGGAUUCCCCAAUGAGCAGUGGGAGGUAAAUUUACCUGCUGAAGAGGUGCCUCCAGAGCUUCCGGAGCCUGCACUGGGUAUUAACUUUGCCAGAGAUGGGAUGCAAGAAAAGGACUGGUUAUCUUUGGUUGCUGUACACAGUGACGCGUGGUUACUUUCUGUGGCAUUCUAUUUUGGUGCUAGGUUUGGAUUUGAUAAAGCUGAUAGGAAACGCCUUUUCAAUAUGAUAAAUGAUCUUCCGACAAUAUUUGAAGUUGUGACAGGAGCAGCUAAGAAACAAACAAAGGAGAAAUCUUCAGUUUCAAACCAUAGCAGCAACAAAUUUAAAUCAAACUCUAAGCGAGGUUCUGAAUCUCAGCCCAAAUAUUCAAAGGCAGCAGCAUCAAAGGAUGAGGAUGAUGAUGGUAUGGAAGAUGAAGAUGACGAGGAGCAUGGAGAUACAUUAUGUGGGGCUUGUGGAGAGAAUUAUGCCUCUGAUGAAUUCUGGAUUUGCUGUGAUAUCUGUGAGAAAUGGUUCCACGGAAAGUGCGUCAAGAUAACACCAGCAAGGGCAGAGCAUAUUAAGCAGUACAAAUGCCCAUCUUGCAGCAACAAGAGAGCAAGGCCUUGAUGAUGGCUGGUUGGUGGCUCUUAUGUGAACUCUGUUAUUGUGGACUGCUAACUGUCUGGUAGAUCAUGUAUUCAAGUUUGUUCUUAGUCAAUGUGUCCUUUAAUCUAUGAAACCUGUCAUGGCUUUUAUGUGUAGGUCGUGAACUUGCUGUUUAAUUUGAUUAUGAAAUAGGAUAUCUAUAAUCAGGUUGAGAAUCAUUUUCUUUCAGUCA